AAUUGUCAGUUGGGAACUACAAAAGGUAAACAUUGCCCUAAGGCCGAAGAAGGAGAGGAAGAAGUUGACGAUUAAUCUCACAACCUCCAAACCCUAAAGCCUUAGGUUAUUUUACUCUGCUUUCUUGAAUUGAAGAUAGAGAGAUGGGUGUGAAACAAUUUAUAAAGAGCCUCCAUGCCUUUCCUCGUGCAGAAGAACACUUGUUGCAGAAGACCCAAUCUGGAGCAGUUGUCUCCAUCAUUGGUUUAGUCAUAAUGGCUACAUUGUUCUUGCACGAGCUGAGAUAUUAUCUUACUACUUAUACAGUUCAUCAGAUGUCUGUAGACUUGAAACGUGGAGAAACUCUUCCAAUCCACAUAAAUAUGACCUUUCCUUCUUUACCUUGUGAUGUCUUAAGCGUAGAUGCCAUUGAUAUGUCGGGCAAGCAUGAAGUGGAUCUUGAUACAAACAUAUGGAAACUUCGCCUGAAUAGAGAUGGCUUUAUCAUUGGUACUGAGUACUUGUCUGAUCUUGUGGAAAAGGAACAUGCUGAUCACAAACAUGAUCACAAUAAAGAUCAUCAUGGGGAUUCAGAUCAGAAGCUGCAUGCACAUAGUUUUGAUCAAGAUGCUGAAAAUAUGGUCAAGAAGGUGAAACAAGCAUUAGCAGAUGGGGAAGGAUGCCGGGUUUAUGGGGUUUUGGAUGUCCAAAGGGUAGCUGGGAACUUCCAUAUUUCGGUUCACGGAUUAAAUAUUUUUGUUGCUCAAAUGAUUUUUGAUGGAGCUAUUCAUGUGAAUGUAAGUCACAUCAUUCAUGAUUUGUCAUUUGGGCCAAAAUAUCCAGGACUCCAUAAUCCACUUGAUGGGACGGUGCGGAUUCUGCGUGGGGCAAGUGGAACAUUCAAAUAUUACAUAAAGAUUGUUCCAACUGAAUACAGAUAUAUUUCCAAAGAAGUUUUACCAACUAAUCAAUUCUCUGUCAUGGAAUAUUUUUCCCCCAUGAAUGAGUUUGAUAGAACUUGGCCAGCUGUUUACUUCCUGUACGAUCUAUCACCGGUUACUGUGACAAUCAAAGAAGAACGUCGCAGUUUUCUUCACUUCAUUACUCGGCUUUGUGCGGUAUUAGGUGGUACUUUUGCUUUAACAGGAAUGCUGGAUCGUUGGAUGUACAGGUUUCUUGAGAUGCUGACAAAACCAAAUGCAAAAAGUGUUUAUAGAUAAGGGUUGGGCAUUAUAACUGGCUUGUGCUUUCCAAGGAAUUCUCUAGUCAUGCUAUAGAUUUUUGCAACCUUCCAGUUUCUAUUGAGCAGAUUGUAUUUAUUGAGUUAAUAUAUUGGAUUACUUGUGUAAUUUCUGUGCUUGUUUCUCCUGUCCUCAUUGCUAGGGAGUAUAGCUCAUUGGUUGGUUGGUAGGAUCAUUUUAAGCUGGUUUCAACAGCAUCAUGGCUCUUUCCUUGGGGAGUUGACUGUUGUCUUAGGUACUUGUACAUUGUGGGAUUCACAUGGGAAGCCCCUAGAUACAUGGUCUACCAAAGACCAUGGUUGUAUGUUUUCUUUUACACAUUAAAAUAGAUUUCAGGGUUGAAAAUUUUGUUAUUAUUAUUACUGGCGAUGCUUCA